AUGAGUCUGAGGACGGCUGGGACUCGUCUGUGGUGGACCCCCAAAGUUGUGCUGUGGUGGAUUUCUUCGGGCUGUGAUUCUGACAUCCCAGAGUUUCUUGAGUACAUGACCUACACUUGCUGCGCCACUUGCAACUCAAACAAUCCCACGGCAGCGUCUACGCCGACCCUGCAGCAUCGAUUUGUUUUUGGGAGCUCUGGGACUCAGGAGCAGGUCCUGGGUGCGGUGACGGAGACGCUGCUGACCAUGUUGAGUGUAACGAGCGAGCAGCUGGCGGUGACAGUGUCCAGCUCCGCGGGGUCCGGCAACUCGGAGCGAAGGCUGGCCAGCACAGAGUGGCAGGUGGACUACAACGUGACCGCGGACCACAACGCCUUGGACUCGAUCUUCCUCGCCGCUGCAGACAUGAGCGCCGACGCGGCCGCGCUGACGCAGACGCUGGCACAGGCCCUCUCCAGCCGCGGCCUGCAGCUCGAGGCGGGCUCCCUGGUGCUGGAGGCGCCGGAGCUCGUGGGCGCCGAGACCACCACCGGGGCGCCGUCCCCAGAGGCCGAGGUUGACGGCGCGAUGGGGGCCGAGGCGCGGGGCAGCCUUUGGCUGCUCGUCGGAGCCGCGGCCCUCUCGGCGGCGUUCUAG